CCUCCUCCUUACCUCUUCCGGGAUAGUCAGUUCCCUGUUUCUCUUCCUGUGUGACUAUAAAUUAAAGAAAAAGAAGCAGGCAGUGGGACAUUAAAGCUCUGGCUCCCAGGGGUCUGGGACACAAAGGGACAGUGGUGGACAUGUGUGACUCCAAGGAAGCCAGAAAGCAGCCGCUGGGGUCAUUGGACGAGGAAGAGCUGAUAACCAGCGGUACCAGAUAUUCUCUAAAAAGCUUUAGCUACCGACUUAUGUCUACAUUCAGCUGCUUGGCAGGGUGUCAGGGCAAUGAGCUCAUCUCCCUGAUCGUACAGCUGUUCUUUCUUGUUCUCUUCACUGGACUUCUGGUGGCCAUCCUUGCCCAAGUCUCCAAGGUUCCCAGCAACGAGGAGCAGGAGGAGGAAAAGUCAAACCAGGAGAAAAUCUACCAGGAACUCAACCAAUUUAAGACUGGAUUUGAUCGUCUGUGCCGGCCCUGCCCCUGGGACUGGACAUUCUUCCAAGGGAAGUGCUAUUUCUUCUCCAAGUCGAAACGGAACUGGCAUGAAUCUAUCACUGCCUGCCAGGAGGCAGGGGCUCAACUGGUCAUUGUGGAAAAUGAUGAAGAGCAGAGCUUCCUGCAACAGACUUCUAAGAAGAAGGGCUUUGCAUGGAUGGGACUUUCAGACCUCAACAAGGAAUCCACCUGGCGCUGGGUGGAUGACUCGCCUCUGGCAUUCAGCCUCAUGCAGUACUGGAAUAAAGGGCAGCCCAACAACAAUAAUGAACAAGACUGUGUGGAAUUUCGAGGCGAUGGCUGGAAUGAUGCCAGGUGUGAUAUCAAGAAGUUCUGGAUCUGCAAAAAAUCUGUCACUCCGUGCUCCAACAAGUUCCCCUCUGCAGCCUCUGCUGCCCAGUAGCAGAACCGUACCACGUUUAUUCCAGUCUUUGACCCACACUAUGGACACUGAGGUUUGAACAAUGGCUUCAGGACUGUUCUCUGUCACAUUCCUCAUCCCCAGUGAGGCUGGACCACGUGGUCCUCUCUGAUGUCUCCGGGUUCCCCCCUGGUUCUGUGGCUGUGGUUCUGAUUGAUCUUUGUAGUUUAAUACAGUGGCCAGCUGUGAGACAUGCAGAGGCUGCAUGUGUUCUGUUGAUCUACUUUGUCUUCCUUGAUGAUGUCACAAGGUUUGCAUGGCCAAGUGCAACUGCUGGCGCAUCCUCUGGGGCUUUAUCCCACCCCGGCCUGCUUUCCUUCCAUCUGCUCAACGUCCAUGCACAUCCCCUGAGACCCUUGGCCUGGGGACUUUCCCUGGUGACCGUGCCUCAUCCUGAAGGCUGAAAACACGAGGAAACUGAUUUCCUCUCGUCAGCCAAUGACUACGUGUACUGCUGUACAAAUACCCCAGCCUCUUGCCCCCUUGGUGAUUCUCUGGUGAACUCCAAAGUGGGCUCCUGGAUCUCUUUUCAAGGAAAGACACAUUUCUCCAGCUGCCCCACUGUCUGAGGGAAGAAGCUGUCACCUGCCAGUCCUUCCUGCCUGGACUCUGCUGCAGGGAGCAGCCUUCACCAAGGACAAGCUCCUCCCUUGUGCAAGUCACAUGAGUUUGGGAUGAUAAAGAUUGGGCCGUGUCGGACCACAAUGGGACACCCUUGAAGGAUCAUUCAGAUUCCAGAGCUCUGCAUAUGGCAUCACUCACUGUUGUCAGACCUGCGCUGCAGAAUGUGUCCCCUAACCAUUCCUACUCCCUUAUGUGGAAAAAUAAAAAUGUACACGCAA